AUGGUGGCAGAAAUAAUUCCAAGUCCUUUCAUUUUAAGAUUCUUAAAAGUUUUUGGACUUGUUCCAUUACGUGUUAAGAAGUUUCAAAUGUGGCUUUACAGUUUCAUGUGUUUGGGAAUUUACUUUGUGUGCUUUGGAGUUUUUGCAUUAUUUAUGAUGAUCGCUGGUUAUGAUGCGCUUUCGAUUAGAGGUGUCGUUAUGUUUGUUGGAUGGCCACUCGCUUUUCUCGCAAUAUUUUCGAGUGUUUUUAAAUCUGUUUUCAAAGCAGAAUCAAAACUCUUGUUGAUUGAUACUUUCCAGGAAUUUGACGACAUCUUGAAGGCUCACUUUUCGAUUACCUUUGACACAAAUAAAUACAAAGGAAGAUUGGAAAAAUAUUUUGUUUCUAUCAUUUCUGUUACUGUCAUAUCAAUCGUUUAUAUGGCAAUAAGUAUCAGUUUGAAGAGAUUAUUAUUCUACAUUUGUGUCAUGUUUUUAUUCAUGUCAAUACUUUUGGAAUCUUUUCAUAUUUUCAUUCAUUUGAAAGUCAUUGAAGAGAGAUUUAAGGUUUUGAGUAAUAUUAAACUUUCAGAGAUCGUACAAGAAAAUAGUACAAGCAUAAAAUUGCUGAAUCUUUAUAAGAAACUUGUAUUGUCAAUGCAUGAAGCGACAAAGCUUACAAAUGCUUAUUUUAAUCCAUCAUUACAAUUCCUGCUAUUUUUCCUCUAUUAUAUGAUUCUGAGAAGUUUCUUGUGGAUUGGAUUAGGUUUCUUUAAGUCUCAAGUUCUAUCAAUAGCACAAUCGUUAAUACACAUUUUACCAAACACAAUUCUAAUUGGAUUACUAGGUCAAGUUGAUCAUAACACUAAGCAACAUAUCGACAAGAUUAAAUCGAAUUUGAUAUGUCUGAAGCAUCCUCGCAAUUAUAAUGAAGACAUUUUAUUAUUCCUGUUAAAAAGAAAGUUUUCGAUUACUUUAGUUGGAUUUUCGUCAAUCUCAAAUAUAACUGCAGCUCUCUGUAGCUUCAUUGUGAUUGUUUUUCAAUUUCUUAUCAUCGAAGAAAACUAA